UGUUUUGUAAAGAAAUUCAGAAAUUCUUGAAAUAAGAUGUUUUAAUUUUUUUGAUUAUCUGAUGGUUUAGUAUUUAUUUAUUUGAACAGAACUCUACCAAGAUGGGGAAGCUUAAUGCCACGAUGCUUCGAUACUUAUCGAAGGAAGAUUUUAGAGUUUUAAUAGCCGUUGAAAUGGGAAUGAAGAAUCAUGAGAUCGUACCGAUUCCAUUGAUAGCAGCCAUUGCUCAUCUUCACAGUGGAGGUUGUCAUAAAAUAUUAAAUGAAAUUUCUAAACACAGACUUGUUGCUUAUGAGAAAAAUGGCAGAAAAUUCGCCGGAUACAGAUUAACCAAUUCUGGUUAUGAUUAUUUAGCAUUAAAAGCUCUGUCUAACAGAGAUGCUGUAUUUUCUAUUGGAAACCAGAUUGGUGUUGGCAAAGAAUCAGAUAUUUAUAUUAUUGCUGAUGCUGAAGAAAAACAGAUGGCGCUGAAAUUACACAGACUUGGCAGAACUUCAUUUCGUCAGUUAAAAAAUAAACGUGAUUAUCAUCAACAUAGAAAAAAUAUCUCCUGGUUGUAUCUGUCUAGAAUAGCAGCCAUGAAGGAAUUUGCUUACAUGAAGGCUCUGUAUGAAAGAAAAUUCCCAGUUCCUAAACCCAUAGAUUAUUGUCGUCAUGCUGUUGCUAUGGAACUUAUUAGUGGUUAUCCAAUGUGUCAAGUCCGUCAUUUAGAAGAUCCAGGAACUGUAUAUAAUGAAUGUAUGGAACUGAUAGUAAGACUUGGCAAUUGUGGACUAAUACAUGGUGAUUUUAAUGAGUUUAAUUUAAUGGUAGACGAUAACGAUAAAGUUACUAUGAUUGAUUUUCCACAGAUGAUAUCUACGUCACAUUUAAAUGCUGAAUGGUACUUUGAUCGAGAUGUUCAGUGUGUGAGAAAUUUUUUCUCUAAAAGAUAUCAUUAUGAAAGUGAAUUAUAUCCUAAAUUCUCUGAUAUCAGUCGAGAAGAUAAUAUAGAUGUAGCUGUAGCAGCCAGUGGAUUUACUAAAGAAUUAGCAGAUGAAUUUGAUCAGGCAGCAGAUGCUUUAGGGAUAUUGGGAGGUCCUGGUAACCCUAGAAAGGAAAAUGACCAUGAUGAUGAAGAUGAUGACGACGAUGAUGAUGAUGAUGAUGAUGAAUUUGAAGAUGCAAGAGAUUUUGGUCCAGAUACAGACUAUAAAUUAAUGGCUAAGAAACUAGAAGAAGAUCACGAUAAAAUAGAGAAAUAUUUGGAUGUGUGUGCAGAACAGUCAAAGACGAUUGAAGAAAAACUUCCUGAAGAUAUUUCUAAAUGUAAUUUAAGUAGUGAAUCCGUUGAAUCAGGUCAGGUGACGGCAAGUGAUACUAAAAAUAUUGCUGAUACAAUUCCGGAAAACGAUAAUGAUGAUACAGAAUCGGUUGUCUCAACCACAGGUGCUAAUUGUGGUUCCGAUGACGAUAACUUGUACGAUAUCGCGGAGUCAAAUCGUGCCUACAGACCUUUCCGUACUGAAGAGAGUAUGGAUCAUCAUAAUACACAUUUAAAUCGGUUUCCACGUAGUUCUGAUAGUAUCAGUACAACGUCAACGAUUAUCGACCCGGAAGUUAUAAAAUGCAAACUCAAACAUCAAUUAAAGAAGAAACACGAAAGGUCAGAAGCACGACGCUACAGAAAGAGUGGUGAAUCGGCUUUAAAAACAAAAGAUCGAAGAGAAAAUAUGGACGAAAUAUCGAGCAGCUUAUCUGCUUUCUGGUAUUAACUCUUGUGGAAUACUUCAAGAAACUCAACAGUCUCUCCAUUAUGAAAAUGGUAAUUAAUACCCCCCCCCCCAUGAAGACUGAGUCAUCUAUAUCCUGUGUCCUUGUUAAAAGUCAAAUUAGUUUCCAUAGUUUAACAUGUGUGCUUAGAUUGUAAGGUCUGUAAUUGUGUGGGGGGGGGUUGGAUGGCCGAAUGGUUAGCACAUGCGCGCUGUAUCAUAAGACCUGUCAUUGAGUCAACUGGCGUGGUUUUGAAUCCCCAGUUGUACGUGACAAGGAGUGGCGUCGCCUGUCCAACAUAAUUCUUUUUUCUCCGGGUCCUCCAGUUUCCUCCCACUGCUAAAGACCCCUACGCGCAAGUGAAUUAUUGAAAUAAAAUUUAAACAUAUGUUAGUCCCGAAAUGACCUAGUUUGUGUCGAGUGGACGUUAAACCCCCAUUUCACUCUCUCUGUAAUUGAGUUAUGUGGUGUGGUUUCAGUCCUGCACAUGUACAUGACAAGGAGUUGUGUCUGUUUUCUCCAGGUUCUCAAGUUUCCUCCCAAUGAAAUAAAAUUGAGCCAUGUGUUAAGCCCAAAAUGACCUUAUUUGUGUAUGUCAAUGUCAUCCAGUCGAGCAGGCUGAUUCAUAAAGUGUUCUAAAUGUUCUUUUCCUGUUGUGAAGAAUAUUUUGAAAUUAUGGUACAUUUUCUAAAUGUUCUUUUCCUGUUGUGAAGAAUAUUUUGAAAUUAUGGUACAUUUUCACUCACAAACCUCAGUAUAAUGAAAUUAAGAUUUUUAUUUCAUAAGGGACCGUUACAAAAUUUCAACACUUGUAUCCAAACAAACAGCUCUCGGAACUGGGUGGGUGGGUUGAACAACACUUCAUAUAGAAAAUGAUAAUUAAAUGUUGACGAUUAAUGAAUCAUGAACGGAACUUUGAUUAUUGUAUUCAAAGUAAUAUUUAAAUUCUAUAUACAGGAUCUGUUUGUUAAGAAUAAACUAUUAUAUGAUUUA